CAUUCUUAAAUAAACUCUUUAUAUAUUUUUUGUUAAUUUUUCAAAUUCCAUGCUCAUUGAGAUAAGAAACUCCUUGUAGAAAAUUCUUCAGUCUCCAUCAAGAUCACAUUUCUUGACUACAUCUAUUAAGACAUUGCUUCAAAGAUCAUGGAAAUCUUUCUUAGCUAGGGAAGCCUUGAGCUCCUCUUCAUCAAUUUAGCUAUCUCCAUCAAGAUAAAAAGCUAAAGGCAUCAUUAAUCCUUUUAAAAUCUUUAAUCAUUCCUUCAUUCAAUAAAGCAGAGACAAACUCAUUAAAGUUUAUAACUCCUAUAUCUGUCAGUAUCCAUUUUCAUUAUUUUAUCAUUUUCUUCAUCUGUUCUGUGCUUAAGUUUUCUUUGGCCUUUGCUUAGCUCCUUCCUGAUAAUGUAGCUAUUGUUGUUUGGACCAAGUCUCAUAAACAGAUCGAUCUUCUCAUUGAUAUCAUCAUCGCUUUCCAAUGAUAUUAAGAAAGAUAGGACUGUUCUCUCGAGCAUUCUGGAUUCCUUAAAGUCAUCAAAUUGUUCCAUAUUAAUAGUUUUAUCUUUAAUAACUUUGCCUAUAAUACGAAGAUUCUUCAUUCAAGAUGUUUCAGAGCUUGCUUAGCAAUAAUUCCAUUCUUUUCUGGUAUGGGUAGUUUAGAAAUCAAAUCCUUAUAUUUCUUAGAAAUGUGCCCCAAGCAUGAUCAUCGAAGUUAUAAUUCAGAUUUAUAAUCUCAUUCUCUAUUCUUUAGUUUGUUCAAAUGGGAUUUUGAAGGAUACCAGAAGGUAUAGAAUGGCUCCUCAACACUAAGUAUCUCAUGAACUUGAGUAAGCAUGGUUUAGGAUCUCAGGAGCCAUGUAGAGCUUUGGUCCCGCUUUGGUCUCCAUUCGAGUAACUUCACCUCCUUUUCAUUAAAUUAAAAUUCUUACCUGACAGACCAAAGUCUAUUUGCUUUACAGUAGCAUCUAGCUCCAUUGAAGAAAACAUGAAAUUAUCAGAUUUAAGAUAUCUAUGACUGAUAUAGUUCUUAUGUUAAUAAAUAAGACUUGAGAUUAUAGAGUAAAACACUCUCUUAUCUUCAUUUUCUUUGAAACCUUCAUUUUUCAGAUUUAAUCAAAGAGGGCACUUCCCUGUUAAACCCUUCUACAAAAUAUACCCAUCCAUUAGCCACAUCCUUAUAUACUUCUUAAAGCUUAAUAAUAUCAGAAUGAUCUAGAACUUUUAACCCAGAUACUUCCUUGAGAAAUUAUUUUAUUACUAAGGUUUUUAAUAUUGAUCUUUUAGAUACUCUAAUAAAUUAUGUACUCUUCCCAAAGGUUUAUAGAUCAUUCCGAAUGCCCCUUUGUCUUCAGGCUUCUCUCUAAGGUAAUAAUUAUCAAGAAUAUUAUGCUUUUUAUGUGAAAUGAAAUAUUUUUGUUGAUAGGUGAGCUUUAUUGAUUGGAAUUAUUAGGUUUGAGCUUAAAAGGAAAAGUACAAAUGUUAACAGGAAUAGUUUUGACAAUCAAAAUGGUAAUAAUAAAUUCAGAAAUUGUCUUAUUAAAUAUUGAAUUUACUCUUGAUGCUAAGUAAAACUGCUUCUUUCCCAAACUCAAAGGAUCAGACUGUAGAUCGUCCUCUUCAUCAUACAUUAAGUCGCCUAUGAGAAGCUUAUAAAACAUCCCAUAAGCUAUUUGAAGGUCACAUAGGAUCAUUUAUAAAACAAAACUUCAAAGCUUUUUGAGAGCAAGCUACAUACCUUCAAUAAAAAGGACUUUCUAUU